GGAUGUUGUAAGAGAAUGAGGGAACAUCGGCGUCCCCGUGUGGCCUGUUUGUGGUAUCUUCAGGGUCCGUUUCCCUGUGUUGUGACUAGCCCUCUUGACUGUUCCAUUUGCAAAAGGCCGCCAGUGUUGAGCGGUGCCUACAGCAUCCUGCCUGCUGCACCUGUCUGAUAAGCUAGGGAGUCAACACCCCGCCUGCCCUGCUCCUGGCCUCCCCGGCGGACUGGCCCUUUAAGGGAUAAGAGGGAUAAAGCACCACAGCUCCGCACGAGCCCAACGCAUCGAUGCCGCGGUUUACGUUUUCACCAGUCAUUUAUACGUCUACCGUACAGAUAAUUUGACAUUACAGCGGCUAUAAAGGUUCAUUCAUAUGAAGUGUAUUUAAAGGUUUUCGGUGGCAGGAGGAGUGUGAUACUGUGCUCAGCCGUUUUGCCCUCUGGUGCGUAAUUGACUCGGACAUCCUGUACACCGUCCAGGCAGAGCCCUUUCUUCUGGCCCCAGAGAGCUUUACCGAAAAGAAAAAAUCAUUAAUAAUAAUAAUGGAAGACAAACGCAAGAAGCGUAGCCCAAAGGUGUCACUCCCUCAGCCGCCCCCUCCUCCCAUCAACCCCCGCAAAAUCUCUGUCUUACCUGCCAGCAAAAGUGCCACCUUCUCCCUUGGCCUACCGCAGCCUCCCUCCCCCAAGAACAGAGGCAAGUAUAAGAGGUCCAUAGGAGCACCAGGACAGCCCAAAGAGGUGUUUGCAGCUGUUAUCGCUCCACCAAAGACUACCAGGCCCCACAGGGAGAAGCCCCGGGCACCCCAGCCAGCAGGACCCAGUAAAGUAGUCCAGUCUUCACCCCUACAGCACUCUUUUCUCACAGAUGUCUCAGACGUGAGAGAGAUGGAGGGAGGACUCCUCAACCUGCUGAAUGACUUCCACUCAGGCAAACUGCAGGCUUUUGGUAAGGUGUGCUCCUUUGAGCAGCUAGAGCAUGUGCGUGAGAUGCAAGAGAAGCUGGCGCGCCUCCACUUCAGCCUCGACAGCCAUGUGGAGGAGCUAUCAGAGGACCAAAGGAAGUGUGCUUCCGACCACAACCUGGAGCACCUGCUCUGUAAUCUGGAAGAGCUCAGCACCUCAAUACAAAAGCUCCACUUGGCUGAGAACCAGGACUUGCCCAAGACAUCUGGUCCUUAACAAAGUGAGGUAUGGAGGAUGGCGACCACACACUUAUGCUUUCCUGACAUCUAACCAGGUUGCCAUGGCAUUGAUCCAGCUGCCUUAGUAACAUAAUGGAAAGAUCCACAGGAGGAGGGGCUAUUUUUCCAUUCGGUCCGUGAACCCACGGGAACCAUGCGGUGUAUCAAAGCAGCAGAGCGUUAAAUAAAAGCUCUACCAAAACCAUACACUCCUCAUUUAUAGCACAAGAUGAUAGAAGGGUUUACUGACCAGAAAUGUGAGAGGAACAUAUUUUGUUCUGAACAUUGUCUUGGCAACAACUCACUUGGCUUCAGUUAAGUAGUUUCAUCAUUUUUGUAACAAAUAACUGAAUCCACCAGGGUUCAGCUUUUUGUUCUGUUUUGCAUUACAGAAAGCACAUUUCGUGAGAUUGUAGGAAUUUCUGUUGUUUCUUUAUGCCAUAUUAUGCAGAUCUCUUGCAUAAUUUUUAAUUCUUUACACUGUCAGCAAAGGUGAGUAGCAAAUAUAUUUGGCCCUUGUCAGCAACAACACUGUGGUUAGCUCAGAACUCUUAAGGGAGUUUUACUUUUGCAGCUACUCUGAAUGAACUCCCUUAUUUUUAUAUCUUUGUUAAACAUUUAAUACUGGAAAACAGGCUGGAUUUAAUAUCUGGGUAAAGGGACUAUGUGAGGAAACCUAAUGUAUGAAAUGUUUAACUUAUAUCUAAAUGUGGCUGAUAAGACAGUUUGAUGUAACAUUGUUAGUGUUUAAUAUAACUUAUUGUUACAUUCAACCAUCAGUGUCAAGACUGCAUUAAUAUAACCGGGAAGAAUUUGUAACUGUUUCUUUAGGGCUCCCUGUAGCUUUUGUGUUUGUGAAUGAGGGCCCACUAGCAGCAACCCUCCAGGCACAAAAUAAUCCACGCUGCCACUGAAAUGCUGUAAAAGCACCUACUGAUGCAGGAAGACAUUCACGUGUAUCUCAUGACAGUAUUGGAUGGCACAUUCACAGAGUAAUGCAACUGGCAUAAUUCUCUGUCCAUUAUAUCUGUGCAGAUUCUCAGUCAUCCAGGUCAUAGUAAACUGUUCUCUGUACAUUACUAUUUCUAAAUGGCAGCUACUUGGGGCAUGAGAUUAUGAUUCCUGCUUUAUUUAAUUACAAACUUGGCAGCAAUAUACCUUGGCUAUAUUUAAUCCCAGACAUCAGUGUUCAAUCUGAAACAAACCAUUGGUGCAUUCCUUUUCAAGGCCUGGGAAUAUGUUAGUCAGUCAAAGAUCCUUCACAGUGACCUAUUUCAGUUGUUUUACAUAUUAAAAGGGGCUUUACACAACAUGCUAUAGGAAUUAGACACUGUUAUAACAGAAAACAUGAACAAGCUCAUAGGUAUUCAGUGACUUUGUAAUAAAUAAAGCUGAAUUUG